UCGUCAUAGGGCACUCACCUCUCAUUGGGUAGGGGCAAAUCUUGAAAGAAAUAAAACAGACCCCUGUCUAAUGGUAAAUGAAUUUUCCAAUGUGCCAUCCAGGAGGAAUUGCUGAUAAGGAAACAUCCAUAAGCCUCAAUUAUGUGGAUGUUUUCUUGGCUUUGUGCCAUUUUAAUUAUUUUGGCUAUUGCUGACAUGGAUACAAUGGCAAAGACCACACCAUAUACCAAAUUUACAAAGAAAUCUGAGGGAAAAGAGAUGCUGAAGGGUCUAAAGCCAGCCAGUGACCUACCUCUGGGAGAAGAAGAAACCCUCUUCACAGAAGAGACUGAAAUGGCAGAACCAACUCCUGACCCCUCCGUCCUAGAUUCUGCCUUUGGAACUGCUACUCUCUUCCCCUUUGAAAACUUCACUCUUGACACGGCUGAUUUCUUUUUGAAUUGCUGUGAUUGUUGUUCAUCCAUACCAGGGCAAAAAGGAGAACCCGGAAAGACUGGAAAGCCAGGUCUUAAGGGAAAGGCUGGUGAUAUGGGGAUCCCAGGGCCACCAGGAGUUGCUGGACCCCAAGGUCCCAAAGGCCAGAAAGGAGAGAAGGGACUAAAGGGAGAACGUGGGGACCAAGGAACAAGUGGAGUUCCAGGAUACCCAGGAAAACCUGGAGAACCAGGUGGACGUGGUCCUAAGGGGGAUAAAGGAGACAUUGGACUGGAGGGAGUGAAAGGACAAAAAGGCUCAAAGGGGGACACGUUUGUCAAUGGUACCAAAGGAGAUAAAGGAGACCGAGGGGCUUUGGGCUCACCAGGCUUGCAUGGAGAACCUGGGGUUAAAGGGGAGAAAGGGGAGCGGGGGGAUAAGGGCUACUGCAGAGAUUCCGGGGAGAGGGGGGAAAAAGGGGAAAAAGGUGAGGUGGGAAUGAAAGGAGAGAAAGGUAACAAAGGAGAUACUGGAACAGAAGGCAAAAGUGGCCCAGAUGGCCUGCCUGGGGCCCAAGGUGAUCCAGGAGCUAAAGGAGAAAAGGGAGACUUAGGUCCUCCUGGUCUGGUGGGACCUGUGGGGCCAAAGGGUGAGCUUGGGAGCAAAGGGGUCCGAGGAUCUAUUGGGAAGAAGGGCUCUCGGGGACUCAAAGGCUCCAAGGGGGAGGUGGCCAGAGUCCCACAGUCGGGUUUCAGCGCUGCUUUAUCGAAGCCUUUCCCUCCUCCCAAUGCCCCUAUCAAAUUUGACAAGGUUUUCUAUAAUGACCAAGGGAAUUACAGCCCCGUCACGGGGAAGUUUAACUGUAGUAUUCCUGGGGCAUAUGUUUUUUCCUACCACGUCACGGUGAGGGCCCGACCUGUUCAGAUCAGCCUGGUAGCCUGGAAUAAAAAGCAGUUCAAGUCCAGAGAAACGCUCUAUGGUCAUGAAAUAGACCAGGCCUCUCUCCUCAUCAUCCUGAAAUUAAAUGUAGGGGACCAAGUCUGGCUAGAAGUUUCAAAAGAUUGGAAUGGGGUGUAUGUCAGUGCAGAGGAUGACAGCAUUUUUACUGGCUUCCUUUUGUACCCAGAAGAAACUCCUGGAAUUUCGCCGUAAACUUGAACACUGUAGUUUAGUCGGUGGAAUAAGUCAGGUACCAUCAUAGCACAGUACUAAUGAAAACAAUAGCUUUCAUUAUUUUUUCCAUUAUUAUAAAAAUAAUACAGAAAAACCUAAGAAAAAAUUCUAUCACCUCGUCAAUUACUAUUUCUAUUUUAAGAUACCACCUUUUUAAGAAAUAAUUAUCUAUGUACUUGAGAGCAUAUGUCUAUUAAUUUAGCAGAUAGCCUUUUUCAUUUAGCAUUGCAAUAGCAUUUCUC